AUGCAAGGCUUCAACAUGGGACGGUACGUCCCACCGGACCUCGAAGGAACAGUAUCCUUCAACGCGGCAUCAGGCAAGGGCCACGCACUCGGCAACCGGGCACGAAAACUCAAGACCGAGGGAAUCCUGACCGUGCGCUUCGAGUGCCCGUUCGCAAUCUGGUGCACCACGUGCUCCCCAGAACAGAUCAUCGGCCAAGGCGUGCGGUUCAACGCGGAGAAGAAGAAAGUGGGCAAUUACUUCAGCACGCCGAUCUGGAGCUUCCGCUUCAAACACACCGUCUGCGGCGGGUGGUUGGAGGUCCGGACCGAUCCCAAGAAUGCGGAAUAUUUGGUCGUCGAGGGUGGGAGGCGCCGCGACACCGGUGUGGACAAGUUGCUUGAUGGGGAAGUGCGGAUCGGUGUGUCGGAGGCGGAUAAAGACAGAUUAGAGAAGGACGGCGGGUUCGGCGUGCUGGAGAAGAAAGUCGAGGAUAAAUCCGUCUUCAAUGCCCAGAAGGCGCGCCUUGAGGAUCUUUCAAAGAUCAGUGACCGCCAGUGGGCCGAUCCCUACGAGAUGAGUAAGAAGCUCCGUGCCGAGUUCAGGGUCGGGCGCAGGAAACGCCACGCUGAUGAGAUGUCCGGUGACGCGCUCAAGGAGAAGUUCGGCAUUGGGGAGGAGUUGCUCAUGCUGCCGGAACGGUCCGAGGAUGUUGACCGUGUCAAGUAUAUUGAUUUCGGGGCGCGUGCUGAGAGUUCAGGGUCGGUCUCGGGGUCGUCUUCAAAACCGCUCUUUCAGACCAUGCAGGAGAAAUUGCCUUCGAGGGUUAAAGCCAGGUCAUUCACUGACUCUUCAACUGCUACGGCUGUGGCUCAGUCGAAAAGGGCCGUGCUGCAGAACGAGCUCAGGACAAACACGCGAAUGGCUACGGAUCCGUUUCUACGAGACACCGACCCCUGGCAGCCCAGGGUCAAGCGGAAACGGGAUCCUGCAGACGAGCAGGAACAGACCGGGCUACAAGCACAAGCACCAAAACGAGAUAAGAUUGCAGCGGGAGAAAGCAUGGCGUUGGUUGGUUAUGACUCGGAUUCUUCAUCAUGA